AUGUCGAACACCGCACCUCGUAGCAAGAAGCGCAAGUCCACAGCCCAGGAUAUCCCCGUUCAAAUAGCCCUGGACGAAUCGGGAACAUCUGCCGGUCCAGCCUUUGUCAACUUCCCCUCUGUCCGACCAGCAAAGAAGACUGCGUUUACACUGUUCUCGCGAGAGGUAGCAUCCAGCUCGGACUUGACAAAGCAGCGGACGAUCAUCGCUGGAGAGACGGGAGAUGUUGAAUACUAUUCUACCAACCGGGAUUAUCAGAAAGGCGGCGAGGGUUCGGACUGCCAGUAUCUUCCAGCUCUGUAUGACCCAUCUACCAAUACCCUCACCAUCCACCCCUCGACGCCUUUAUACCUCAUGACCCACCGAGUCAAGCGCCUGAUCGUGGCCCAGUCGCUCGCGGAUGCGGAUGUCGGCUCGGCGUACAAGCAGAUGAGGAACGAUCUGGGAGAGGCAUUCGGGACGAGAAAGGCCAAGACGCGGAUCAGGGCAGAGGAGCGGAAUAGGGUCGAUGUGGGCGCAAUGGAGGGUGCGAAGGGCCAUUUGAUGGCGAGCAUUGAGGGCAAGGCGCCGGCCACCGAGACCCCUGUCGCGUCCGAGACCAUUCCUGUACCAAAUCUGGCCACGGACAACCCGCUGAACGUGUACUCUCGACAAGCUCUUAUACCGGACGACGAGUACUCUGCUAUCUCCGUCAGCGCGAUCAUUCAGGCACCCGACGACCGGUCCAGAUCUCAGCUCUUACCUUGGUCAAGAGGGAGAUGGCUCGAGGCGAAGAUGAAGUCAAUUAUAGCUGGACCGAAGGACGAGCGCAAGCCAAAACUGAAAUACGUCUACUACGUCUCUAGCCUCCACAAGUUCCUCUCCCUGGGUGGCGCACUCGCCAAGCUCAGUCCCGCCGAAAUCCAAGAGAAAUGCGCCGGCAUGCCCGUCCAGGUCCUCUCUGGGCUGCUGUCCCGCUUCGCUGAGCCCAACGGGAAACACUACAUCAUCUCGGACAAGUCGCGCGCCAAAAUCCUCGCCUGGAUAUGUUGCAUCUGUCUUGUAUUGGACGGGUGUACAGUGGAGUGCGGAAAGAUUGCCAAGGAUUUGAGUAUGCCUGAAAAUAAGGUAAACACUAUAUUCAAGUCUUUGGGAUGCGCGGUGGAUGUGUUGUCGGUGGCGGAGAGGGAGAAGAGGGGGAUGUCAUUACAGGAGGCGCAGGCGAAUAUGCGGGCGGUUUUGAAGGCGCCGGUCAAGUACCCGAAGAUUGGACGGAGGGGACCUGUGAAGCGAUAG